CGCAUUGACCUUGUCAGUUCAUAACCAUUUCUUUUCCAGGGGUUCCUCGGGCACGCUUAUCGCCCAAAAACCCACGAGUGUCACGACUUCUGAAAGGGAUUGUCAGAGUAUAGAAAUGAACGAAACUAUUUCGGAAACUGCAAGAAAUUGAAUGCUUUUUGUACCAUACAAUACAUGGUUAGAACAGUAGAAAGCUACCUGCAUUGGCUGACAUCAUUGGUCGGCGGAGAUACCGUAGAGGGGGAGUGACCGUGGACUGAGCGAUCGUACAGUUUCCGCCUCUUCCGGUGACAAUUAUCCGCCUUGCUUGCAUUUACAAAUCUUUGAGGGACAAAAGUACCCUCGUCCGUUUAGUGGAAUUUCUGACAUACCCUGAUAUAUACAUAACGCUUCGUCUCUUUCCAAAUUCCUUCCUAAUUCAGUAGUGCGUGCACCGUUCAUCGCGCACACAGAGGGCUCUGGUAGCUGUCUACGUCCAAUACGAAGAAUGGAAGAUAAACCCUCAAGUUCGCCGAUGAGCUUUGUUGACCAGAUAGUGGUGCCAGGAGACGUGGUUCUUGAUCUCUCGACCAUGACUAACCAGACUAUCAAGCUUGGUGGCGGCCUCCGUCAGGAUUCUGAUGCUAUCUCUGUCAUGAAAGCUGGGAAAUUGAGGUUCUCAAAGCCAAACAAAUACUGGGUGGAAAGCUCCCAGAAAAGAUACGUACCUUGCGUGGGAGACAGCGUUCUUGGAAUUGUGGUAGACUCCAAAGCAGAAAACUUUCUUGUAGACAUAAAAGGACCUGCCCUGGCAUUUUUGCCUGUGCUUGCAUUUGAAGGAGGCACUAGGAGAAAUAUACCAAAAUUUGAGGGAGGCACUUUGCUUUACGUUCGGGUUGUGAAGGCAAACCCUGGGAUGAAUCCGGAAUUGUCUUGCACUGAUGCCAGUGGGAAAGCAGCAGAAUUUGGUGUCCUCAAAGAUGGCUACAUGUUUGAAUGCUCAACUGGUCUAUCAAGAAUGUUGUUGAGCUCACCAACAUGCCCAGUUCUUGAGGCUCUUGGCAAUAAGCUCUCCUUUGAGAUUGCAGUUGGCUUAAAUGGCCGCGUUUGGGUGAAUGCCACCUCCCCUUCAACAGUCAUUAUUGUUGCAAAUGCAAUCAUGAACUCAGAGACGUUAAGUGGGUUGCAGCAGAAAAUUAUGGUGGAUAGACUGCUUCAGAAAAUUCAAACAUGAUUAGAAAACUGCAGACAUUGUACCUCCUGGAUGGAUGCGCCUUCUUCAUUACCUGCAGAAGUUUGAAAACACCAAAAUUUAACAGUUACCAGCACAUGCCUUACCGCUGGAAAAGUAUCAUGACCACUUUGUAAUUCUUAAGGUGGGAGGGUAUUUUGGAUUAAUUCAUAAGGCUUCCCAACCCUUUUCCCUUUUCCCUUUUGUGGACGCUGGAAAUGACCUGUUUAUGAUUUUGAGUGGAGAAGUAAAUGAACCGAUGAGGACAAUGAUGCCUUUUUGGAGCCA